AUGGAAGUUAAUAGACAACGAUUAAUUGUUGCAGCUGUAGUGCUAGGAGAUAAUUUACUUAGAUCAAUUGUAAUAUUUGAUAGUGAUUCUGACAGUAGCGAUAGUGAUACUGAUGAAGAUGAUUUACAAUUAUGGAGAAAAAUGAUUCUACGCGGCAGAUCGCAUAAACCUUUGAGAUUGGAAGGUUAUGUCGAACGUAUAAUUCCUCUACUCACAAAGGAUCAAUUUAGAAAACAUUUUAGAAUGAUUCCAAACGUUUUUGAAAAUCUUGAAGCAUUACUUGAUCCAGUAUUAUCAGUUACAAAUGGAAAAGCAGUGAUUCUAGUUAGAAAGCAACUAUUAGCAACAUUGUGGCUAUUAGCUACUCCUGACUCAUAUCGUUCUGUCGGUGAAAGAUUUGAUAUAGCAAAGAGCUCUCUCAGUUACAGCUUUAUGAGAGUUAUUGAAGCUAUAAAUGACAUUGCAGGCCAGUUUAUCAAAUGGCCAAGAGGUCAAUAUCUACAAGAAGUAAAAACAGGUUUCAGUAAAAACAUUGCAUUGUGUGGUAUUAUUGGUGCUAUUGAUGGCACUCAUAUUUUGAUAAAACAAUCCAGGAGAGAUGCCCAGUUCUACAAAACUUAUAAAAAGACGUAUGCAAUCACACUUCAAGCUGUUUGUGAUGAUUGCUUACGUUUUACAGAUUGUUUUGCUGGCUAUCCUGGCUCAGUUGGUGACUUGAGAAUCUUACGAAAUUCAGACCUUUGGAGAGAAAUUCAGAUCGACAAACAAAAUUACUUCCCUGAAGAUGAAUUUAUCAUUGGCGACAAAGCUUAUCCAGUAAGCUGGUGUAUUCCUCCAUACAUAGAUCGUGGUCAAUUAAUUAAUGCUCAAAAGAAGUUUAAUCACGAGAUCUCUGCUAAAAGAUCCGUUAUUGAAAGAGCAUUUGCGUUAUUGAAGGGCAGAUUCAGGAGAUUGAAAUAUCUUGAUAUGAAUGUUGAUGAGAUGAUACCUUAUGUAAUCAUUGCAUGUACAGUAUUGCAUAACAUUUGUUUGAAGGGUGUUGAUGAUAAUGUAGAAGAUUUAAUAGAAGAAGGAGCUGAAGUGAUCGAUGAAGAUAUUUAUGAUGUAGGUAUAGCUAAUGAAGUAGCAGGAGAGAUAAAGCGUGACUAUCUGUGCAAUCUUGUAGCUGGUGUAUAG